AUGAGAAUUUUUGACUGGCCUGGUCGCGUUUCGGGCGCCCGUCUAAUCUUGAUCGGAAUCGCAAAUGCACUUGAUUUGACGGAAAGGCUUUUACCACGCUUGGUUGCUAGUCAUCAUCGCCCAUUUCAUAUUUCUUUUCAACCUUAUUCACGCGAGCAAAUUAUUGACAUUAUAUCGGCACGGCUGAGGGCUUCUAAUGAUAUUGCCGAAAAAACAAUUAAAACCUGCGGGUUGCCGUCGGCUGUAAAAUUUGAUCCCUUAGCUAUUAGGCUAUGUGCAUCUAAAGUUGCUGCCUCAUCUGGGGAUGUGCGUAAAGCUCUAGAACUCUGUGUACGUGCGUCUGAAUUAGCUAAAUCUGAAGCCUCUAGCUUAGACACUAUUGUUUCCUUAAAGGAAAAUAUUCCCAAUCCGAAUUCUGAUCUUCCGCCAAAACAUAUAAUCACAACAUUGAGACACAUAAGUCAAGCUAUUCGCGAAUCACAGGUUAGUUUUGAUGGUAGCUUGUCUUUUAAUACAUAUUGCUGUCUCGUGAUUUGGCAUAACUAUUAUUAA